AUGGAAAAUACUACUCCAUUUCAGCCAUGGAGCACUGACGAUGAUUCACAAAAUCGUAACACCGAAAGAGAAUUAGUGGAUGACGCGAAACUUCAUCGGGAAAAUGUCAAUCAUCCAAAACAUAGGCAAACUGCGUCUUACGAUAAAGAAAGUGUUGUCUCUACAAUCAUUAUUGCAGGUCCAUCGACCGCUUCAGGCACAAUUACUAGUUCCUGCGCUAGUAAAGAGCCCGAGAUGGACUCUAGUAAAGUAACUUCAAUGCAACAAAUCGUCGAGAACACUCUCAGCCAAGAAGGUCGACAAAGAGUGGCCCAACUUUUAGAAGCAGUAGAGGCUCUGAGUGGCGCUGAGAGACUUUUACUGUAUCUUCGUUUGCCUACGGGUGUGCCUCCUCAUGACCCUUUGAAGCAACCAAUAAAUCCAUUGGGAUCUAGAGCUGAACUUCAGCAAACAGUAACAUGGAUACAAACACAUUUGGAGGUUGAUCCUGACGUUUCUCUACCAAAGCAAGAUGUUUAUGAUGAGUAUAUAGCUCACUGUAUGAGCAGCAACGUGAAGCCUUUGUCAACUGCAGAUUUCGGCAAAGUAAUGAAGCAGGUGUACCCCAGUGUACGCCCGCGCCGGCUUGGCACUCGCGGAAACUCUAGGUACUGUUAUGCCGGUCUUCGUAAAAAGAUCAAGCUGGAAGUACCUCAGUUACCAGAUUUGGGAGAGUCGUCAAAGGAACAAACUGUAACUUCUAGAGAAACUGAAAGAAUUGUUUGUGAUUGGGCUGAAAGCAAACUUGGUGUAAAAUUCGGGAGUAUUGCAGAGCUAUCACGGCAUUUAAUGUCUGUUUGUGUGAGUCAACGCGCGCCACUCGGUCCGGCGAGUGGAUCUCCUCCACCACUAACGCACGGUCCUGCAGAUGACGGCUGCGGUCGACAACUAAUAAAACAAUUGAAACGAAAAUUACAGGCAAGUAUUGGAACACCAGGGCGACCGAAAAAAAACAAAAGUCACGAGGUAACUGGGGAGUCCCCUCCAUCAACUUCAUACGUAAGUCAACAUCCGUCUGUAAAGCAUGAAAGCGAACUGAUUCCAGAGGCAAGUUACGGAUAUCAACCGCCAUAUAUUCCUGUAUACGAUGUGCGCCCAUCUUUUCCUCCUUACGGCGCCCCACCUCGCGCCCACCCACCACACAUGACGCCCACGUCGCAUACUAUGUCCGUUCAUGAAUACCGACCGGACCCAUAUGUUUUCGAGCCUCCAUAUGCUCCUCGUGACUUAUCAUUACCUACAGAUACGGCUCAUAAUUUACCUAUAAACCUCAGCAGCGAUGCUUCCCUUGAUUUAUCCACCGAACGCACCGAACUUCAACGACGUAGACCUCCAGAACCUCCACCGGCCCGCCUGCCACUUCCUGGUAAAAAGCUUAUACUUGAAACUUACCAAAGUGAAACACAGGCAAGUUCUCCUCGGUCAAGUCAAAGUGACACGCGUCCAACGUCUCACGUCACCGAAGAGUUUCCACGGACGGAAUAUUUACCAAAAAAAAUGAGAGCUGCUGAAAUUAUGGGUGGUAAGUUAGCUGCCGCACGUCAAUCCUUAUCUACAGCCGAAACAUCUUCACCAUCGGUUACCACUGUUGCUGAAACAUCCGCUCGUUCCGAGGGUGCUUUUUUAGAGGAUCCAAAAAACUUAACGAGCCGGUCCAAAAGCACCGCCGCGGCGCUGGCUCGGGAAGAACAGGAGGCGGCGAGUCCGAUACAGUCGAUAAAAGCUCUGACGCCUAAGUGCGAACGCCCCAAACUUCGGAAGUUAUAUUGUCGAACGAAGGCACCGUCCCCUAAUAAAACAAAUUUGCCUGAACGAUCAACCUCACCCGAGUCGUGUUGUGGUUUAGUCGAAAUUAACAUUAAAACUGGAAUGAUAUGCGAAGAAAAACACUCAGAAAUAUUAAAUAGAGAGCGUGUCAUUAGCAUAUGUAAUAUAGAUAAACAUGAUUUGGACGAUUACCUGAAUGAAGGCAAUAGCCAAGAACACGAAGAAGAAUUAUUGCAGUAUUUCAACCACCGCGAUACGGACCAAGAAGCAACAGCGCAAGCAAAUUCGACUAGUAAUACAGUCCCUUUUUUAGGAACAGGACAAGACCCACAAGACGAACACAGCCAAGGAAAAAGUGAAAAAAUAUCACAAUUGCGUGAACUAUUAGCAAAGAAUUUAAAAAAUCAAAGUGGGUCUACACAAAAUAGUACUAUGGAUCAAGAUACGCACGUGCCAGUCGAUAACUCUCAAGAAGAGAUUAAUAAGUCAAAUGUGUCUGUCACUGAAGGAGCUUUUAAACCUAUUCCUGGAACCAAUGUCAUAGAUUUAAUGAAUGGUACAGAUUUGUCUAAUGCAAAUGAAAUAAAUGAUAAUAAUAAACAAUGCAAUUCUAAUCCCAAUGAAAACGGUGUAUCCGUUCCGUUUGGUGCCAAUACACCAAAUCAAUUAAUGACAAAUAUUGGUGGAACGCACCUAUUUAACGGCAACUGCCAUGAACCACAAAGUCCUACUACUAGAACCCAGCAAUACGAAUUUGUACCAAUAUCAGAUGCAUGUCAUUCUCCUGGCAAUUUUCAUUCGAAAUCACCCCUUGGAUUUGGAGAAAGGGGCCAAAGUCCUUCGAAGAUAAAUAAAUCGAUAAUAAUGGGUGGAUCUCUUCAAACUUCACCGAUUUCGCAUAGCACUGCUGCUAGUCCAUUUGUUAGCCCCAGAAAUACUCCUGUACCUAGAUCUCGUCUUUGCUCGCGACCUACACCAAAACUUAAUGGUAGAAAAAGGCGCAACCCGUUAUCUCUUGGUAUGACUGAUUCGUGUCCUAAGCAGUUUGCAGUACCAAAUGAUCAAAAAUUUAUGUCUAAAGCAGCUGUUUGCAGUUCUAAUAUCAAAUACUGUCAACCGAUGUCAGCUCCACCAUCACCUAACCUUAUCACUCAGUAUAAAACUCAGAUGCUGCAAAACCCCUCCUUUAUCCCAAAUGGUACGAGUAGUGUUUGCUUAAACUUUGCUCCAAAUGCACUUUUUCGAGAAAACAUAAACGGAGAUCUAACUCAACCCCUAUCUGCCGAUCCGCUUUCACGAGAAGUAAGUCAAUUUUUUCAAGAACCUGUUACGUAUGGCUUAGGACUUGAUACAUCUUAUAGAUCUCAGUCUGUACCGCUUAAACCAGGCAUAAAUAAUAUUAGUCUCUUGAGCUAUAACAACACCCCUGUAGGCUCAGUACCUCCUACACCAGUGCCGAAUGAAUUUAGUGACUUCGGAUCACUAGCUGAUACCUGUGACAUAUCGAAGGCUGGUCUUAACCCGGAGACAUUAGAUAAAAUCUAUGAUGCGAUAGAUAGUAGCAAUGAUGUACUUAAUGCAAGUGCUACACCAGGUCUUCUGAGUUCCAAUGAUAGUUUAACUAAUGGUUGUGAUACGAUCCCAGAACAACAGAUUCUAACCGAUGAACAGUUAAAUUCCUUUAUUCCCACGGGUGGUGAGCUUCUCGAUAGAAGUGGUCAGUUUAAUCAAUCUUUUACAAAUAAUAACACUGCUGCUACCAAUGUAGAAGAAUUUUUGAAAAGAACCAAUAGUAUUGAAUUAGAUUUAACUGAUUUGGUGCCGGAUAAAAGCAAAUAUUAUACAUCGCGUUCAGUACCAAGCACACCAUUGCCGUAUAAACGUACAGCGACGAAUUUACAGAUCGACUCGCGACGUUCUAGAGAAUUAUUUACCACAGAGAAUUAUUCCAAUGUUUCUAAUGGUAUUUCCUCAAAAUCAGUGCCAUCGACACCGCAACUUGCUGAAGAUAGAAGCGUGUUCAGUUACAGUAAUAGAGAUUUUCUUAUAAAUGGCAACUCUGUAGAAGUUUGUGCAUCAACUCAGAUUCAAAAUAUUGUAGACAACGAUCAAGGACUCUCUUCGCCAUUAGAUAUGUUACGUGAAGAUAUAUUAGCACCAUUAACCUCUUCAGACUUAUUGGCUGAUCUCGAUAAAAUGGAUGGACCUCCGUACGUUGACCUCUAG